AUGCUUAAAUCGAAAUUUCAACCAAUUCCUGUUCAUGAUAAUGAUGCACAUGAUAUUAUUGAUACUAUCGAGCAAUCAUCGUCAGAACAAACAAUAAUUAUGGA